GUUUUCAUCACUUCUCUCGUGCUUCGUCACUUAUCUCCUCAUCCACGCGGAAGCCUUCGCCGACCUUCGAUAAAUUAUAAAUUAGCCUAUAUAACUACAGGAGUUAGUUAACUAGUUAGUUAGCUCGCCGCUUUAGUCAGCAGUUUGUCCGGAAAUCUCGCCUUUGAACUCGCAUUCUCCCAAAGACUCUGCCAAUUCUCGAUCGAAGCGUUUACUUCCCGGUUCGAAAUUCGUGUUGUUUUGGGACGGGAAGGAAGAUGCUCGAUGGCAAUUCUCAGUCCUUCCUAGGGAAGUCCCAACCGGGAUCACCAUGGAUGGGACCAAGCUCCGAAUCCCCCCAGCGUCAGCCUUUCUGCAGUGAUAUUGAAGGUUGGGGACCCCUAAGCCCUUUCAGGUACGACCUGACACCGUGUUUCUUGGAUCUGUGGGUGUCCUUGGUUGCAGCAUGGGGUCUCUUCGUGGGUGCAGGUGCCAUAUGGUUCCUGUUCAAGAAGAGGUCACCGCAGCCUGUAUCGAAGAACUGGCAUUUUUAUGCCAAGCUGAUUGUCCUGUCCGCUUUAAUCCUGGUAACGGCCCUGCAGUCCUCCCUUGAGAUCGAGUCUCACCCCAAGACCUGGCUAGUCGACCUUCGCUUCUGGAGCUCGAUAAUCACGUUGGCUUCACUGGGUGUUAUAUUUGCGGUCCAGUACUACGAGCACUGGCGCAGUAGACAGCCUAACGGGGUCGUGCUAUUCUAUUGGGUUUUCUUCAUUAUCGCUUAUGCGGUUAAGCUACGCUCUCUCAUCAUUAGGAAAAUCCACGGGAUAUCACUUCCGUAUUUCGUUACAUUCAAUGUCAGCCUGGGGCUUGCAGUGUUGGAAUUUGCGCUGGAGUAUAUGGUUCCGAAGAAACAGAGCGCUUACGACGCAUUGGGUGACGAGGAUGAAUGUCCUUACGAAUACGCAGAUAUCUUCUCUGUUCUCACAUUUAGCUGGAUGACCCCGUUGAUGAAAUUUGGAUAUAAGAAUUUCCUAACUCAAGAUGAUCUGUGGAAUCUCCGUCGACGAGACACGACUCGUGCUACUGCUGACGCUUUUUCACACGCGUGGGAACACGAGUUGCAAAAGGAAAAACCUUCUCUAUGGGUCGCACUUUUCAGAGCAUUUGGCGGAUCAUAUUUUCGGGCUGCAGUGGUCAAGUCGGGGAGUGACAUUCUUGCCUUCGUUCAACCCCAGCUUCUACGUCUCCUCAUCAACUUCAUUGACUCGUAUCGAAGCGAUAAUCCCCAACCGGUUAUCAGAGGAGUAGCCAUAGCUAUUGCAAUGUUUCUAGUUUCUGUCUCACAGACCAUGUGUCUGCAUCAGUAUUUCCAGCGAGCUUUUGAUACUGGUAUGCGUGUCAAAUCAUCGUUGACUGCAGUGAUAUAUUCAAAAGCUCUGAGAUUGUCCAGUGAGGGCCGCUCCGCGAAGACGACUGGUGAUAUUGUCAACCAUAUGGCGGUGGAUCAGCAGCGUCUCUCGGAUCUGACGCAAUUUGGCUUGCAACUCUUUUCUGCUCCGUUUCAGAUCACAUUGUGCAUGCUGUCACUUUAUCAAUUGGUUGGGCCAAGCAUGUUUGCUGGUAUUGGGGUUAUGAUACUCAUGGUGCCAUUGAAUGGUGCAAUUGCUCGAAUAAUGAAAACCCUUCAGGUUACACAGAUGCGCAACAAGGAUGCUCGAACUAGGCUUAUGACCGAGAUACUGAAUAGCAUGAAGAGUAUCAAACUGUAUGCCUGGAACACGGCCUUCAUGAACAAGCUCAACCAUAUUCGGAAUGACCUGGAAUUGAAUACUCUUCGCAAGAUCGGUGCAACGCAGUCUAUUGCCAAUUUUACAUGGCAAUCGACUCCAUUCCUUGUCUCAUGUUCUACAUUCACCGUUUUCGUCCUGACAAGGGACCGUCCUCUGACAACGGAAAUCGUCUUCCCAGCUCUGACGCUUUUCAACCUCCUCACAUUUCCACUUUCUAUCUUGCCAAUGGUCAUUACCUCGAUCAUAGAGGCAUCGGUUGCUGUCAAACGAUUGACUGAUUACUUCACCGCUGAGGAAUUACAGAGUGACGCUGUCGUCUAUGAAGAGCCUGUCGCCCAUGUUGGCGACGAAUCUGUAGUGAUCCGCGAGGCAUCAUUCACGUGGAACAGAUACCGUCAGAGUCGCGUCCUCGAGAACAUCAACUUCAGCGCUCGCAAAGGUGAACUGAGUUGUAUUGUGGGCCGUGUUGGGGCUGGGAAGUCUUCAUUACUCCAGGCAAUACUUGGUGACCUUUGGAAACUACAGGGAGAGGUGGCUGUUCGCGGUCGUAUUGCAUAUGUUGCACAACAACCAUGGGUCAUGAAUGCCAGCGUUCGAGAGAAUAUUGUGUUUGGGCACCGAUGGGAUCCUCACUUUUACGAGCAGACGAUUGAUGCUUGCGCCUUGCGGCAUGAUUUCAAAAACUUACCAGACGGUGAUCAAACUGAAGUUGGAGAAAGGGGUAUCUCGCUUUCAGGAGGGCAAAAGGCCCGGUUGACUCUCGCUCGGGCGGUAUACGCUCGCGCAGACAUUUACCUCCUAGAUGAUGUUCUGUCCGCAGUUGACCAGCACGUCGGUCGGCAUCUGAUCAACAAAGUACUAGGGCCGAACGGGAUCCUGAAUGGCAAGACCAGAAUUCUGGCAACAAAUGCGAUCACGGUUUUGAAAGAAGCCGAUUUCAUUGGAUUGUUGAAAGAAAGAACAUUGGUUGAGAAAGGCACCUAUGAGCAGUUGCUGGCCAUGAAAGGCGAGAUCGCUAAUCUCAUCCGCACUGCUACCAACGAGUCUGAUGACGAUGAGAGCUCUCUUACUGACACGGACGACAGUCCUGGCCUAACUAGCCCUGGUGAUUCGCCGACCACGGCCGAGAUCGACAACCCGGAAUCUGAAAUUUCAGACACGGAAGCGGAGGAAGCAGAAAUCGGUUCACUUGUCCCUAUCAGGUCUGCCACGGAUGCUCAGAGAAGAUCUAGCACUAUAACUCUACGUCGUGCUAGCACGGCAAGCUGGAAUGGUCCCAGGCGCAAGCUUGCGGACGAGGAGAAUUUAAAGACCAAGCAGACUCAAGAGGUUUCACAGCAAGGUAAAGUAAAAUGGAGCGUCUAUGGUGAAUACGCCAAGAACAGCAAUCUCGUUGCUGUCAGUAUCUAUCUGCUUGCGCUUUUGGCAGGUCAGACAGCCCAAGUUGCCGGCAAUUUCUGGUUGAAGAAUUGGUCUGAGGCCAACGAGGUUGCUGGAUCGAACCCUAACGUAGGUAAAUUUAUCGGUAUCUACUUGGCCUUUGGGUUAGGAGCGUCAGCGUUGGUCGUCGUUCAGAAUCUCAUCUUAUGGAUCUUUUGCUCGAUUGAGGCCUCUCGGAAACUACACGAGCGCAUGGCAUUUGCCAUCUUCCGCUCUCCCAUGAGCUUCUUUGAGACUACGCCGUCUGGUCGCAUUCUCAACCGGUUUUCAAGUGACAUAUACCGCGUGGAUGAGGUCAUAGCUCGCACCUUCAAUAUGCUGUUCGCCAACUCUGCUCGCGCACUAUUCACAAUGAUAGUCAUUGCGAUCUCCACUCCUGGGUUCCUUCUACUUAUCAUCCCCCUAGGCUAUAUUUAUUUCAGUUAUCAAAAAUACUACUUGAGAACUUCCCGUGAACUAAAGCGGCUUGACAGCGUUACUCGAAGCCCAAUAUAUGCGCAUUUUCAGGAGUCCCUAGGAGGCGUGUCGACCAUUCGUGCUUACAGACAGGGCAACCGAUUCUCCCUUGAGAACGAAUGGCGUAUGGACGCCAAUCUUCGGGCAUACUUCCCAUCUAUUUGUGCAAACAGAUGGCUGGCAGUUCGCCUUGAGUUUAUUGGCUCGAUUAUAAUCUUCUCAUCCGCAGGCCUUGCUAUCGCUUCAGUUGCUACUGGCAGCGGACUGUCGGCCGGUAUGGUCGGUCUCGCUAUGUCCUACGCUCUCCAAAUCACGCAGUCCCUGAACUGGAUUGUCCGGCAAACGGUCGAGGUCGAAACAAACAUCGUAUCGGUCGAAAGAGUGCUAGAAUACGCAAACCUCCCCAGUGAAGCGCCGGAUGUGAUCUUCAAGAAACGGCCCAAUAUCGGCUGGCCGGCGCAAGGGGGUGUUUCGUUCCAUCAUUACAGCACGCGGUACCGUCCUGGGCUCGAUCUUGUGCUGAAGGACAUCAAUUUGGACAUUAAGCCUCGAGAGAAGAUUGGAGUAGUUGGUCGUACGGGUGCAGGGAAGAGUUCACUAACCCUAGCGUUGUUCCGGAUCAUCGAGCCGGUUAGCGGCAGCAUUAGUAUUGAUGGGCUGAAUAUAUCUACGAUUGGUCUGUUUGACCUGCGAAGCCGUCUUGCAAUCAUUCCACAGGACCCAGCUUUGUUUGAAGGCACCGUACGAGACAAUCUAGAUCCUCGUCAUGUUCACGACGAUACAGAACUUUGGAGUGUGCUAGACCACGCUAGGCUGAAAGACCAUGUCGCCAGCAUGGAUGGACAAUUGGAUGCCAUGAUUGCAGAAGGAGGGAGCAACCUUAGUCAAGGCCAACGCCAGUUGGUUUCUCUUGCACGAGCCUUGAUGACUCCCAGCAACAUCCUUGUACUAGAUGAGGCGACGGCUGCCGUAGACGUGGAAACGGACGCGCUCCUACAACGCACACUUCGCAGCAGUGACUUCCGAGACCGCACAAUUAUUACAAUUGCGCACCGUAUUAACACGAUCAUCGACUCUGAUCGGAUCAUCGUCUUGGACAAAGGGCGCGUGGUAGAGUUCGACACUCCGGCAGAGCUGAUCAAGCGCGGGGGGAUGUUCUACGAACUGGUCAAGGAAGCGGAUUUGCUUGAUGCCGAUGGCGUUUCGCCUCUGAAGUGAUCUAAUUGGGGGGGAAGGCCGGCCACGCUAUAAGAGCCCGUUGAUAUCAGACAAAGGUUAAUUUGGAUGCGAACGGCUUUCUGUUGGAUAGGGGAACCGGAAGACUCGGGCCGGUCCUGUCUAUUUGGAAUAGUGCAACUAUUGGAGGGGAGAUUGGCAGCAGGAUUAAGCGAGAAGGAGGGGAAGGAAAAAAAAAGGCAAAGGGUGAGUGAGACAAGCAAAAGAAUGAAGCCUUCAGGGAGGGUUCAUCCCGGAGCUGUUGCAUCACGUGUGGCCUGUGCAUGGCGGGAAGGAUGACAGUUUGCCGACGAGGAGAAGCAGUCACUGGCUGCCGUUGAUCGAAGGAAUGCUGAUGCAGGGAGGUUCAAAAGUUGGUUUGUAGUGCUUUUGCAAAUGCGGGGGUUGUAAAGAGUCAAUAUCAAUAAGAAAUAUAUAUGGAUACAUGCCAUAGAAUUAAUCAAACUGUAAAGACUAUGGAUCCAGCCAAUUUCCAGGCUCGCUACCUGAGUGGCUCGGACAUGGAAG